AUGGCUGGAAUGGCUAGUUUGGCGGCACGAUCGCUGCUGCAGGCAGGCAUUCGGCGUGCGCCUCAUGCCCACCGGCUUGCUUCUUCCCUGCGUCUUCCAGAGGCGGCCUUUUGCGCACACGCUAGAGGUCUCCAGACACGACAUCUAAGGACGUCCUUCCCCUCUUUGGCAGUGCAGCAGUUCAAGCUGGCGGACAUCGGCGAGGGCAUCGCCGAGGUUCAGCUCACGGAGUGGUUUGUCAAGGAGGGCGAUCAGGUCAAAGAAAUGGACAAUGUCUGCAGCGUUGAGAGCGACAAGGCAUCCGUUGAGCUCACAAGCCCCUUCACCGGCACGGUUGUGAAGCUCCACCACAAGGUGCAAGACACCGUCAAAGUGGGUUCAGUCCUCAUUGACGUGGACACUGGCAGUGCGGGCGGCGCACCUGCAGCCUCCCCAGCAGCAACUCCUCCCCCAGCAGCCACGCCGGCAGCCACCCCGGCAGCUGCGCCAGCGAGCACAGCCUCAGCGGCAGUGCAGCCGUUCAAGCUGGCAGACAUUGGUGAGGGGAUUGCGGAGGUCCAGCUCACCGAGUGGUUUGUGAAGGAAGGUGACAUCGUCAAGGAGAUGGACAACUUGUGCUCUGUGGAGAGCGACAAGGCUUCGGUGGAGCUCUCGAGCCCGUUCAGCGGCAAGAUCGUGAAAAUCCACUACAAGGUCCAAGAUACUGUGAAGGUGGGCAGUACCCUGGUAGACAUUGAAACAGCAGGUGCCCCGGCAGCGUCAGCACCUGCAGCAACUGCAGCCCCUGCAGCGCCUGCACCCUCUGCUGCACCCACGCCUGUCACAGCUGCGCCAGCAGCUGCGCCAGCCACACCAGCGCCUACACCAAGUAAGGGUGCAGCUGCUCCUGGCGUGCUGGCAACUCCGAAGGUGCGUGGCCUGGCCAAGCAGAUGGGAGUCGAUCUCACAAAGAUCAAGGGUACAGGUGCCAAUGGGCGAGUGCUCGAAGAGGACUUGAGUGGAGCUGCGGCAGAGGCCCCAGCGAAGGCUGCAGCACCGCCAGCACAUCAGCGUGUCUUAGAGGAUUCUGUGAUCCAGAUCACGGACAAUGUGGGCAAGGGCAUGGUGAAGUCCAUGCAGGCCUCGCUGGUGGUACCAUACAUGGCCCUGGGUGAGGAGAUUGACAUGACCGAGAUGCUGGCCUUGCAGAAGCAGCUGAAGGACUAUGCGCUCAAGAAGCACGGCACGAAGGUCACCGUGACGUCCUUCAUGCUCAAGGCCAUAUCCCUGGCGCUUUACGACAACCCAAAGGUCAACUCCAAGUUCGGGUCCCCGGAGGCCUCCCCGCCGAGCUACACCAUCUUUGCAAAGCACAAUGUUUCUGUGGCAGUGGACACGCCGCACGGGCUGAUGGUUCCAAAUAUCAAGGACGUGGGCAGCUUGAACGUCCUGGAGAUCCAGCGCGAGCUGAUGCGUUUGGCCGAGGCGGCACAGGCUGGCAAACUGGCACUGAACGACAUCCAGGGCGGUACGAUCACUCUCUCCAACAUCGGCGUGAUUGGCACCAAGGACCCGCGGCCCAUCCUCUUCGAUGGCCAGGCAGUGAUCGGCGCGACGGGAAGGACCAUGGUUCUGCCCCGCUACAACAGCAAGAUGGAGCUGGUGCCUCGGCAAGUGAUGAACAUCCGUUGGGUGGGCGACCACCGCCAUCUCGACGGUGCCUCGCUGGCACGUUUCUCCAAUUCCUUCAAACAGUACAUGGAGAAUCCCGGCGAGUGGUGCCUGACUAUGAGAUGA